AUGUCCCGACAGACUCCCGGCCAGCUCGAAUGGCUCCUUCCAGGAGAGCAAUUCACUGGCAUCUUGCCCAGGCGGAAAGCUUGGCCGGCAAACGGCGAAAUCGUCCCGAGAGAGUUUGUCGUCCCGCAGAGCGUGCUGUCGACGGGGCCAUGCCACACGACAGACCCCAAAACGGGCCUUCUCAGCCUCCCCAUGGAGCUCCUCGUCGAGAUCUUCCGCUCAGGGACAAACGAGGACGCCAUCUGUCUGGCCCUGACAUGCAAGGCACUCCUCUUCGCUUCGACGCUGGCCGUCAAGCACCGACCAACGCUGCCCCCCUCAAACCGGACAUCCUUUCACCAUUUCCAGACUGCCACCCGCUUCGAUGACACGGCUCAUCGCUCGCGGGAGACAAUGAUUCGCUUUCUUCUCCGCCUCUCACCCCUGGGACCGGGACGACGGGCAUCACCAGCCGUCAGCUUGUGCCAGGACUGCCUUCGCUAUCGGCCGGUAGACCCACGCUGGUGGACGACAGACAAGGGCGCGCCGUGUCCCAAACAGUCUGCGAUGAUGGCGAGAGCCUGGGAGGUUGUUGUUGAGCACUGGCGCUGGCGGCGGAUGCUCCAAUGCCCUGAGUGCUGGGCUUCAAGCCACGAGGCGGUUGAGGGUUUCGAGGCACCCGAUGAAUCUUCAGCUUGGCCCGCUGGCAGGGGCGCUUUGGAAGGCCUCAUCAAUACAAGGCCUCUUUUCGGAUACGAUUGGCCUUGA